AUGGAUACCAACGUUAUGUUUAGAAUGGUAAGUUCAGUUUCAUGGAUACCUAAAGGAGCAGCAAAAGUCAUGCUUGACGCUGCUGAACCUCCUUCUAAUGAGAAGAUCAGAGAGCUCAUCAAAAAUGGCACUCUCAAGAAAAGUACUCUGAGAGAUGAAGAAGUUGCUCAUGCCAAGGCUGUAGCAAAAUCUUUAGGAAAAUCAUGUUCCAAAAGCAACGUUGCUUCUUCUUCUUCUUCAACUGAUCCUGAUGAGGUAGUCAAGUUCAUGAAAGAACUCGACAUGGAUAACUAUGAUGAUGAGGAUGAUGAUGAUGAUGAGAUUGAUGUGUUUACCUCUGGCCGCGGAGACCUUUAUUACCCAAGCAAUGACAUGGAUCCAUAUCUGAACAAUAAUACUGACGAUGAUUACUAUGACUCAGACGAUGUCGAUGCUAUAACAAUAAAGCCAAGUGAUUCACUGAUCAUCUGCGCUAGAGUUGAAGGUGAAAUCAACUAUCUCGAGGUUUAUAAAUACGACGGUACAUGGAACGGCACUCAAGACAUGUAUCCUCGGCAAGACAUAAUACUAUCCAACCCUCCAUUGUGUACAGCAUGGCUUGAUUGUCCUCUCAAAGGAGGAGAUAAAAGGAACUUUGUAGCUAUCGGGUUUAAGGGAUCACCGACCAUAGAGAUAUGGGAUCUUGACGUUGCUCAUGAGGUUCUACCUUGUGUACAACUAGGAGCCGGGCAGACAUCAGAUUGUGACACUGAUCAAUCAGUAAUUGAUCUUGCUUGGAACAAGGAGUUUAGGAAUAUUAUUGCUAGUGCCAGUGCCAACAAAAAAGUUAAGGUCUGGGAUGUGGCUACAGGACAAUGCAAGCUCACUCUGGAGCAUCACACAAAAGAGGUUCAAGCGGUCGAGUGGAACCACUAUGCUCCACAAGUACUCCUCAGUGGCUCAUAUGACUGUACUGUAGUCUUGAAAGAUGGAAGGGACCCUUCGCACUCGGGUAUGAAAUGGUCUACCAAUGCCAAAGUGGAAAGCUUGGCCUGGGAUCCUCAUAGUGAACACUCUUUUGUGGUGAGUCUUGAAGAUGGAACUGUGAAGGGUUUUGAUAUACGUGCUUCUGAUUUAUCACCAAGUUUCACUAUCCAUGCUCAUGAUAAAGAAGUCUCAUCCAUCUCAUACAACACAAAUGCGCCCAAUCUUUUGGCUACGGGAUCUAGGGACAAGAGUGUGAAACUUUGGGAUCUUUCAAACAAUCAACCAUCAUGGGUUGCUACACAUAAACCAAACGCUGGAAGAGUUUUCUCAGUCUCAUUCUCUGCGGACUGCCCCUUUUUACUCGCUAUUGGUGCCAAAAAAGGGAAGCUACACGUGUGGGAUACACUAUCUGACACUGCUGUGUCCCGUAGAUACGGUAGCAACCGACCAUGACUCACCCGGGGAAGAUACAUGUUUGUUAAUUAAUCACAUACAUAUAUACCAAAUUGGUCAAAUUAAUCUUAAGCCUUUCUAUCAGUUGUGUGCUUGGUGAUUGUUUUUUUUUUUUCUUAUUACUAUCUCAAAAGAGAUUUACUGGAUGUUUGAAGCCCUGGAGUCAAGGAAUUUAUUGCAAAUUUAACCAAAAUAUGUUUCUUAAUCAUAUCCUUGAAUUUUAUCUUAAUAUUGAUCAUCUUAUAACAUAUUAGCCGAGCUUUUAUUGUGUGGUCACUACAAGAAAACAGCGGCAUACUGAGGGAAAAAAUCGUCGGUAUGUCGUCGGAAUAACGCUAUUCCGACGACAUACCGACGA